AGCGGACCCACCUGCCGGUUGCCCCAUGGAAGACAAAGAUCACUGGGCAGAUCCCCAAUCUCAACAGCCGCCCCGAAAAUAAAAAGUCCGUUAUUUUAUUGGUUCAUCCCCCGCUUCUCUCAUCCCUUGUCUCAUCCUCCCUUGUCUUUCUUUUCAGUCUCUUACGUCUCCUGCCGUUCGUCUUCUACUUAACAAGACCAAGAAUCCCGAUCGAUGAAGAACAUGGAAAAGGACGGACCUAAAAGGACGGACCUCGAAGACCACGAAUUGACGGAUGACGGUUUUGAACACGGUGACCUCGAUAAUUUCGAGGAAGAAGAAUGGUGGACGGGAGAUGAAAGCGAAGAUUCGGAGUGUGAACAAGACAUUGAAGAACACGAAUAUACCACCCACGGUGAAACGGCACAAACGGUGAAGAUUCGACUCUUCUUGACCGACGAGGGAGUGGACCGGUCCAUGUGGAUGAAGACCUUCACCGCCGAAUGCACUUAUGAUGGCGUUGUUGUCGCCACUGCUCUAGCACGCUAUAUCGACCGAGAGGGCAUACGCUCUGAAUUCUGGAAAAAAAUGGAACUACCCAGCGAGGAAAUGCGCGAUGUUGCUUUCCAAUUAUUUGAUCGAUACGGCACAGUCAAGGCCAAGUAUAAGGAUCAUCCAGUGCAAAGAGGAAGUGGAAUAUGGGGAAACGAGCUUGAUUAUGGCCCUCUUUUCCUGUUCGAGGAGCUUCAUGUUGCAGCGGAGCUACGUCGGAAAGGGCUGGGGCAUAAAAUAGCGUCUUUGCUUUUGGACAAAGCCAAACAGUUCUGUCUGGAGGAUAAACCAGACAGCGAAAACGCAGAUCUUGUCUACGGUUCUAAUCAAGCCUUUGAGCGAGCAUGGACCCUCCAUGCCCUGGUGGAUCCCGGAAUACUAACAGCUGACAUCGAAUCGCAGUCAGUAGGUAAGUCUGUAGAAGAGCGUUUGAUGAUACGAACUCGCGUUCAGUUCGAGGCAAUUUACUUUUGGCGAGCAUGCGGUUUUCGCCGGAUCGGAGCAUCUUGCUAUUUCGCUUUUUCAUACGAUUCUCAACAUGAGUCUCAUGCCCUUGAUGCGGCUUCCGAUUUCGACCCGCGUCAAGACUAUUCCGAAGACCUUGAGGACGAAGAACUCCACGAGAAAGUUCCCUUCUCCGAGGUAAAGAAGCUGAAAUUAGAAAGACUUCGCGACUCGUUGCCGCUACAUCAUGCGGCUCUCACUCUGGCGGACGAUGAGCUCAAAGAGUUUUUCAUGACCCAUGCUGACGACGAUCACAUUGGCUGGGAUCAUGUUACAGCCUCUGAAGCCACGCUUCUGCAUUUGACAGCUUGCCAGCUCAAGCCCCUUAGCACUCGGUGGUUACUUGAAAGUGUCCCUAACACCGACUCCUGGAGGAGGGCUCGUGAUAUUGAUGGUUACACCCCUCUGGAAGCGCUGCGGGAGGAUUUAGAGAUCAUGCGAACUCAAAAGGAAAUUGGCACAGGGACUUUCCUAUCUGACCACUUUAGGGGGUACCCCGACACAGCAGUGUCCUGUCUCGCCUUGUUGUCUGGACCAGAUACUUUAAGGCUUAGUGAUGCAUGCCUCAGAUACGGGUGUACAUGCGGAGAGUGCCUGGAAGGGUUUAUAUCCGCCCGAAUGAGCAGCGCUUUGAUAUUUCAGGGCGAGACAACAUACGACCACAUCCAGGAGGGAAUCGAUGAUGGCAGCUUUUGGGUAAAGGACAACGACUACCUCCUCAUACACCUCGAUCACGAUGUGCGCAGGAACCUCAGAACCAACAAGUCAUUUCGAAAGGGGUUUGCGAAUAUUUUUCGAAUCGCCGUUGAAUGUCUCAAGGCGAACAGAAUUCCAACCGCAGAAAGUCUGGAGUGGUGCUGCAACAAUCGAAGCGAGUGGCCACCGGAUACCAAGAACUACCUGCGACGCAGCGGGACGGCGAUGGGCUGUCGGGCAGUGCUUCGAUACAUGUUCGACGCUGCGAAAGAGGAGGAUGAGAAAGCAGGCAACGGGGAGUGUCAACUCGUGCUAAAGGAGGCAUGGUCAGACUUACCAACCUGCAGAAAUGACCAUGAAUUUGAAUUUGUUGCCAGGGCGUGUGGUUACGGUGGCGAUGAUUUUAUAUCGUUACAAAUGUGGUAGAUAAGGUACAAUAUCUGUUAAUUAAUCCUUACAUUCGAGAGUAUACCUGCGACUGUCUUCAUAUUCUCCAGACAGGCUCUUUGGAGCGAAGGUACUCACGUCACUUGAAUCCUUGCCCUGAGAAUACUACUUGAGGUUUCCGAGC